CGGCUCUGGAGGCAGUGCAAGAGAAGAAGGCAGGGAGAAAGCAAGGAGAUGCAGACAACGAUCACUCGGACCAGGAGGAUUAUUCAAGCAUUGCUCUUCAGCCAAAACUCUGGGAUCUAUGUCGACUUUGAGAAGUGUAGCUCACUUUCGACCUGUGGAUCUUAUUUGAACUUGGAAUAAUAAUAGUUGUUGGACAUAUUUACGCAGAGCUAAUUUCAUCGUGUUUCUUUUUUCGAAGCCAGAGAUGAUGUCCCAACACUGACAUGCCCCAUCCGUCCAGACCACCAAAUCUCCCCGAUGGCUCCACAGCAGUAACUGCACCACAGGGAGCAGAUCCACUACCCGUGGGAGCCGCUGGAGCCUCAGCGCAAACCUCCUGUUCCCCCGGAGGAGUAGAGCCGGCCUCACCCUCCGUGUGCAGAACCAGAGCCGGCUCCCCAGCUGCGGACAGCCUCGACGUGUUUCUGAAGAGAUCGAUAUUCAACUUCAAACGCCGCACAUCCAGUGGAUAUUUCUCCUUAGAGGGAGACUCGCUGCCGGGCUCCCCGCUCUCCCCAGUGACGGCUGACCGAGCCACGCAGACUCCGAGCCCCACCGGACAGGUGCUGAAACACGCCCUGCAGAGCGUGGCUGAGGCGCACGGGGGUGGACCCGGGACACGCGUGCAGCACGGACGAUCUCUCAGCCCCUCUAGCACGCAGCAACGAAACGCAGCAAGGGACAUGCAGAGGGAGGAAUUCGGACGAGAGCUCCGACGCAUUGGAGACGAAUACAACAGAGAUCUACUGCUCAGGCCAACAGUGUACAAGAGCCACGGUACAGGAAGGUGGAUCGGUCUGAAUUGGCAAGAAGAAAAAAAUACCAACACUGAACAUAUGAUUGCACGUGAGGCAGAAAGACUCAGACGACGGGUAGUGAUCCAUCCCAACCUGCUGCCUCACAUCCAACAGGAGCAUGCCGCGCUGCUCUGCAUGGGCCUCCUCUUCCUCCUGAUUGGACGGAUCAUUUACCUUCAAGGAAGUGCCAACAGCUAGGACUACUCUCAGGAUUAACCCCUUGGAAAAUCAGCAGAUGUAGCAUUUUGCUUUAUGAUGUUUCCGUGUUGGAUCCUGUUUGUCUUUGGAGACCUGAUUCCUACCCUCUUCCCUCCGAUUUUACAGAGGAAGAAGGAAACUUUUGACUGUCGUUAUUUAAAAGGAGACGAUUGGUUAGUACCUUUAAUGAACUCUAAUAAGCCCGGACUUUCGUUUUUUGUCGAGUGUUUGCGAUGCCACCAAAGAGCCACGAUGUUUUCACUCCUUUCCAGCGCAGAUGUCGUCAUGUCGUGUCAUCAUAUGCCUCUCUGCGAGAUUACGCCUGUGGAAAUUCAAAUGUGCCUUUUUAAAGUUUCCUGUUUACUCUUUUAAGUUUUUUUUUUUAAUGGACAGAGAUUAUGAAUUCCUCAAGUGAUCAACUCUGCAGAAGUUUUUUAAGUUUGUAGGUCCAAUCUGCAGACUUUUCCCAAUCAUUCCCCCUGGUUUCAGUCCGGGAAAAAUGGUCUUGCACUCCUGUCCCGUCAGGAACCAACAUGCAACAUACCGACAACCUCUGUGCAAACCAAUUGGGCCAAAAUGAUUGUUUUUAUACAAACGACCGUGUCAUUUUUACGUUUUUUGUUACCUUGAAUUACAUGUCUGCUUAUGUCAUAUUUCAGCCACAGAAAUUAAUAGUGUCCUGAUAAUUUGAGUACUGAAUGAUGAAGGUGUUGACAAUUGUUGCGAUCUCAUGACAUGUGUUUUAAACCCCAUUCGGACAGGGCUGAGGUUAGCUGGGUAAUACAGCAUUCUUGAUUGUAAAAAAAUUGAACAAAGCAAUAUUUUCUAGCAAAAAUACACAUUUGGGACUGAACAAUAUAUUAAAAUUACCCAUGGUUCCUCAGAAAUGAAUCCUGUCCGACUGCAGCUUAAUACGGCAUGUGUGUCAUCAUUAAUAAUAAGGGUCCAUUUUAUUUUGUGUGUCAUAUUUCAACACCCUGGGUCUGAGGUUUUUGGCUAGCUAAUCUGUAAUCAGGAAUAUUAUCCCUUCAAUGGUACUUUAAAACGAUGCAACAUCCUUUUUUUUGUGUUUCAUGACUACUUCAACAUUUUACAAUUUACUGUACCUGCCAAAAAAAGUUUUUCCCUGAGUUUUGUUCAGCUUAAACAAACAAAGACAUUGGUUUUAGAAAGAUAAUAACCUUGGCAAUAAGCCUUCCUCUCUCUCUGUAACCACUAUCGGUCCCUACCUCCCUCAUUUCAGAAUCCUUUUUAUCACCAAAUGCAGUCAGUGUGGAUGAAUUCUUAGUGUCAAAAGCAUUACUUUCCAAAAUGAUUUCCUUCUGUGCUCAGGUUGUUUUUAGAAUUAAGAGGAUUUGCACGGGAAUAAACAAAAGCAGAAUGCUUGUUAUUACAGUCAAUUUAUUAAGUAUUUGUUACUUCGCUGCCCAGUUGGAGUGAGACUCAAAGAGUUGGUUAAAGAACAAAAUCGUUAAUGAAAUUAAGUGAAUCAUUUAGAUCUUUAAACAGUGUAAUUUCCCGCAGUCUUGUUUACUUAUUGUAUACGUUUUUCCAAUUGCAAUCCAUAUUUAGAAUUGGUUUUGAUACUCUAGGUAAUUUUCUAUAAUAUAGUUAGUGAUCAAACAGUACUGUCUUUCUUUGAUUGAGCCUCUGGAUUGCACAUCAGCCUGACUGAUUGCAGGUGAACGUUUUGGUUUCUUUAUAAGGUCAUGUGAUCCAUUUAUAAGCCCAGAGAUUCAGACCUGGAAGAAAACCAAAACUUUAAUUCUGCUUAAUCAAGAGGUUUGUCAGUUAAUAGUUAUCUAAUAGUAACAUAUUAAAUAGUAUACAGAUUUUGGAUUAAAUACAAGUGUUCUUAUAUUUUAUAGGUUCUGUUGUCCUGUGAAAAGUAGGCCAUUGUUUGUUUUUUUGAGUUCUUUGCUUUCUAAAAUGGUUGUUACCACUUCAGCUGAACCAGAACAAUAAUUAACAAAUGAAUCGCCGAGUAGCUUGUGAAAUGUGCUUAUGCAAAAAUAUGAAAUGUCUGCUCUUUUGUUUGCACACAGCUCUGGAUUUCCUCUCAUUGGAGGAUCAUUACAUGAUUUUUCGGUAAAUCUGAACAAUGUUAAGUAUUUUUGUGCAAGAAAAAGACAUUCUUAAGCACCUUAAAAUGCUUUAAUUCAGCUUGAUGAUUGGGAAGCAGCGGCCCCGCUCUUUUUGGAGAGAAGUAAACUAGAUGUACAGUAGCCAAUUCAUCCACAUCCUCAUCAAUGAAGCUACAUGUUUUAAACCAAAACACAUAGUCUGAAAACACUUCUGAUGGUUACAGUGGUUAUUUCCUGCUUUCCAUCCUCUGGAGACAGUAGUUUUAACAUAUUGAUGCAACAGAAUCAGACAAAAAUAUACAUCACCUGUCAAAAUAUGAGAUUAAUACUCAUUACGAAGAUUUGCAAACAAUAUUUUAAGGUUUUUACGAGGGCAAACACUUCCAAAAUGAAGACUAGCUGAUUAGUUUUAGCAAUAUUUCCCACUUCAGUCUAAGAUCAGUGCACGGCUGCUUCCCUUAGCUCUUCUAUUGACACAUCUUGGACUUUUUCCAUAUGAGGCGACCCAGAAGCCCCUCUGGUUUUGAUCUUCCCAUUGAGCUGCACUGUGCAUGGAUGUAGUGUGAAUGUUGACCAAAGAGAUUUGUGCAAACCUAUUGUUUUCUCUGUCAUUUUAGAUGGUACAAAUGAACUGUCACCUCAUUCUCUGACAUACUGUUUGUUGUUUUAUUACAUAAAUAACAUCUGCUGCAGCGGGGGCUCCAGUCUAAAAAUUGAAAUGUAGUUUGCUGUUUUGUCAAAGAAGCCGUUUCAAAGAUAACUGAGUAUAAUAUUAACCCCACUUAAGUGUUUAAAGCUUCAAAUGAUAGAUAGUAAAUAGUAAAGAUACUUUGUUACAUGAGUUGGAUUAAAUCUUCCUAAACAAAUUAGAUGUUGCCCGUCCCUGCGAGGUUAUCUAACAGCAAAUCAGAGCCAAACACAAUCGAUAACCAAAUUCCUCUCAGUCCCUGUUUGAGUCUCGUGUUUGCACAGUUGUGUCAACACGAAAGGCAUGAAGUGUGAUCCUGGCUUUUAUCGUCUUCAAACUCUCAUUUCAACAACUCUCUCAUCCAUUUAAUCUCAUGUUUUAACAGUGUUAAAUUAGCGGUUCAGCGACGUUUCAUUUUCAAUCAGUCAGGCUUUCUGUUCUGGAGCUGAAGCAUGUCGCAUUUGUUAUUGCACACAUAAUAUAAGUGUUAAGAAGUGGAUAACCUCAACUGAGAAAACUGCUUUGUACGGAUUCUUAAAAGUCAUCCACUCAUGACAGUCUCGCCCUAAUUGUGUGUUAAGGUGAUUCAACUUUAGUUAUCAUUCCUAUUUGGAUGGAACAACUACAAAAAGAUGCAAGAAAGUGACUCAAAUGGCCACAAAAAGAUAGAAAACCAUCAAAAGAGAGACACAAUAAAGACUCAAAUGGAUCCCAAGGAGAGAAAAAUGUGAACAUAAAAAGUCAAAAUGACCAGUUUUAUGUCCAGGGGCGUGUCAUCUCAUAAUCUGUCUACAUCAGUCUUUUAAAAUAGUUCAAUAAUAGCAGCUCUUUUAUUGCUAUCAUUUGAUAUCAGAAUAUAUACAAUUGUUUAUUUGACAUUCAUUCAAUCAAAGCCACUUCCGUCCAUUGGUUACCGUUUAAAGCGUGAAUCUUAAGCCAAAUAACGGAAAUGUAUUGUGUUAUGUGAUUACUUACUCUUCCCCACACUGUAUGAGACUUGUUUCUGUUUUAUUUCUUUCUUAUCAUGAUGCUUUUAUUGCUGUAAAUGCGUCUCAGGCUCGUCUUCCUAUGCAUCAAAUGUAGCCGCUUUGCUUUUCCUCCGCUGUGACUGCACUUUGAAUUCUGAUAUCGGCCAUGUGAAACCUAAGACCUCAUUUUGAAUCACUGUAUUACAGCGGGAGUGUGAGAGGAGAGUAUGGCAGGGAGGAAACCAAAAGAUGAAUUACCGUCUUCUGAAACUGAUAUGGAAACCUGGUGAUGUGUUGAAUCACUGCCUGUUGUUUGAAGGUGUUGCAGCUCAGAGACGCUUUUCAGGGUUUUACUGACUGACAUCGACAUUGGCCCUUCUGCAAAUCACGCUUUGAGCUUUUAGGAUUUAUAGACCAGCAGAAGUCUUUUAUCUAUAGACAUUUAUAUGCACUAUUUGUUUGUUUAUAAUUAGAAUUAAAUGUAUGAAAAAUAGGGAAUCCAGGGGUACUGUGGUGUGAAACGCUUCGCUGAAAAUGCUGUACAGAAAUGCAUCUGUUGGAGUGUUUAUGCAGAAAUGUAAAAAUCUGAAUGACUCCAAAUGACCCAGUACAUCUGUAGCAACGUGUGUUUUCCAUAGUGUUAUUUACGCUGAAAAUAUUGUAAUAAUGUUUUUUUUAAUUGCUUCCAAUGUAUUGAACUGUAAAUAAAGGACUUUGUAAAGCCGGAGUGAU